AUGGACACUGCACAGAACCAGCAGCUGCUCCAGUUGCUGGCAUGCAGUAGCCAUGCCCAGCCCGCAUGCCUGGCAGACGGGGCGACUGACUGUGUUGAUACGCUCCAUCCGGGUCUUCUCUCCUCCUCCCCCUCGCAGUCCCGAGACCUUCGCUGACUCGCUCUGUCUGUGUAGUGACGUCACGGGGCGCAGGAAUGGCGGCGCUGGCUGUUAGAGGAAGGAGCCCAGAGAGCCUGAAACUUUAUUUAUACCAUCAAUCACUGAAUUAAAAACGAGAAGAAAGAAAGAGAAGGAGAAACUUUACACAGCUACGGAAGGAAAUACACGGAACUUUAUCCAGUACCGCAGGCCUUGUGAUUAUCGACGUUUGGGGGGUGCUGGCUCACUUGAUGUAGCGGUGCAUUUGUGAAAGAAAUCCUGCCCAUUUCUUUCUUUUAUUUUUAAAAGUUUAAUUUUUCCCUUCUGACCUUUUGGUGCGGGGGAUCGGUGGAUAUUUCGUCUCUGGGCUUUUAGCCGUUUGUCUUUUUUUAUACUACCAUGGAAAGUUUAACCCUAAGUGAUGUGGAGCAGAAAUACUACUCGGACUUGUUCACCUACUGCGACACGGAAAACACCAAGAAAGUGGCUUCAAACGGCAGAGUCCUGGAUCUCUUCCGAGCGGCCCAGCUGCCCAGCGAGGUGGUCCUGCAGAUCACUGAACUAUGUGGUGCAACUCGUCUUGGAUAUUUUGGACGAAGCCAGUUCUACAUUGCAUUGAAACUCAUUGCUGUUGCACAGUCUGGACUGCCACUGCGGGUAGAAAGCUUAAACACGGUGAAGGAUCUUCCUCUGCCUCGAUUUGUGGUGGGGAAAAAUGAACAGGAAUCCCGACAUGCAGCAAUGUAUUCUUCGGACGCAGAAAACCAAGGAACUUACUCUGGAGUCAUUCCUCCUCCUCCUGGCAGAAUACAAGUAAAGAAAGUCUCGGGGCAUGAGGUGAUCCAGCCUCGUGCUCAAACAGCAGAGGCACAGCCAGAUUCCACUUCUCCUGUGGUCUCCCCUCAUCAAUCUCCACCAGCCUCCCCUCACAAUUGGAGAAAGCACAAACGACACCCAAGUGGUGGCAACUCGGAAAGACCACCUGUCACAGCUGGGCCCGUCUGGACUCCCUUUGGAGAAGCACAAUCAGGACCAGUGGCAGGUGAUGGGAUGUGGUCUGCCCACUCUCCUCCACCAGUUCAAGAAAGCUGGGUCAGUUUUACAGAUACUCCACCCACCAGCACACUUCCACCAAUGCAUCCAGCAUCAGUCCAGGAGAGUACCACAGUAAGAACUGUAGCAUCCGCUGCAAUGGCAAAUGAAAUUCGAAGGCAAACUAGCGGUUAUGAUGACCCCUGGAAAAUAACAGAUGAACAAAGGCAGUAUUACAUAAAUCAGUUUAAAACAAUUCAGCCUGAUUUAAAUGGGUUCAUCCCUGGAUCUGCUGCAAAGGAAUUUUUUACUAAAUCAAAGUUACCUAUUCAUGAGCUUUCUCACAUUUGGGAGCUUUCAGACUUCGACAAAGAUGGUGCAUUGACGUUGGAUGAGUUCUGUGCAGCGUUCCAUUUGGUAGUUGCAAGGAAAAAUGGUUAUGAUCUUCCAGAAAAACUGCCAGAAAGUCUCAUGCCAAAGCUUAUUGAUUUGGAUGAUUCAACAGAAGUCCCAGACCAGACAGCUGAAGUGGGCUAUUCCAGUUCCCCAGUGGAGGUUCCACCCAGUAAAUCGCCAUCUAUGCCGUCGUUAAACCAGAAUUGGCCGGAGUUAAACCAGAGCAGUGAGCAGUGGGAGACUUUUAGUGAACGCUCUUCGAGCUCACAAACUCUGACCCAAUUUGAUUCUAACAUUGCACCAGCUGAUCCUGACACAGCAAUUGUUCAUCCUGUUCCCAUUCGUAUGACACCCAGCAAAAUUCAUAUGCAGGAGAUGGAGCUGAAGAGAACAGGAAGUGAUCAUACACACCCAACUAGUCCCUUGUUGGCUAAACCACCUGAGCUUUCUGAAGAAAAUAAGAUAGCAACUUCUAUAAAAUUUGUAGCAGGCAACACUGUAGGAGAUGGCUACAGUAGUUCAGAUUCUUUUGCAUCGGAUCCAGAACAGAUUGUAAGUGCUGUAACACGCCAAAGGUCUCAUUCAGGAACCUCCCCUGAAGGACUGAAAACAGGUGCACCACCACCUCCCCCACCUAGACCCCAUGCUUCCCACUCACGCUCCUCAUCAUUAGAUAUGAACAGGAAUUUUGCUGCAGGACCCACAGUACAACAGCAGGCUGGUGUUGUUGCCUGCCCUCCAGCUGUUCCCCCAAGACCUCAGCCAUCACAGGGUGCUGGGUCCCAUGGACAUCGCUCAGUGGAUGGCGAUGUUCUAGCAGCUCAUUCCAGUACCUCACCUCAGCAGAUUCCUGAACAGCCCAACUUUGCAGACUUCAGCCAGUUUGAAGCUUUUGCAUCAGUAGCAACAGACCAGCUGUCUGAUGACAGUGAAAAACAGUCAGAGAACACACAAAUUGAUAAACCAGGAGAACCUGUGGGACCUUUAAGAACUGCAAAAACGGAAGUCCGAGAAGAAAAAGUAACAGCAACUUCAAAUUCACAGGCCAAGGGGUCCACACCUCUUGCCCCUCCUCCAAAGCCUGUCCGCCGAAGGUUAAAAUCUGAAGAUGAGCUCAGACCAGAGGUUGAGGAGCAUUCACAGAAAUCCAAUGUCAUACCUGCUGUUCUAGCUACACAGGCCUCAAUUCCCAGAUCAUUUGGCAAGGACAAAAAAGCCAUCCAAGCUUCAAUUAGAAGAAACAAGGAAACAAAUACAGUCUUGGCCAGACUUAACAGUGAAUUACAGCAACAAUUAAAGGAUGUGCUUGAAGAGAGAAUAUCUCUGGAGGUUCAACUGGAACAGCUGAGACCAUUUUCACAUUUGUAAGCCGAUGUUGGGGAAAAUGCAGAGGCCUACAGGGCUUGUGGCCGUUCCAGGAUGUUCAUGUUCAUGUGUGCCUCAGCUUUGUGUCUUUAUAUUCCAUCUCGGCGUAUACAAGGAAAACGUUUGCAACAUGCAGCUUUCUGAAAGAGACACAGAAAUUGGCUUAAGAACAUAUUAAAGGGUUUGGAGUAGGAAUGUUAUCAUUUCAAAGAGAACUUUUAAAGCAAACGAAGCUAAACCCCUUAUAACAGCACAGAUGCAAGUGUUUAAAAUACAGAAAGAACACACAAUUAAACUGGAACAGACUUGUCAGGCUUUUUAAGGCCCAUCUAGACAGUUUGUCUUUGUAGGACUCAUCCUUCUGUUGUGGGCCUUCAGCUGAGUAUGCCAAUAUAGCAUAUUACAUUAAUACUGUAGGUGGCAUAUUUUAACUUGGAAUGCAGAUAAUCACACUGGCCAGAAAAUGGUGAGACAGGACACCCAGGACUGGCUCAAUUGCUACUUUCCUUCUGCAAUACUGUGUUGAAUAAUUUUGUGCCAGUCAUUCAGCGUACUUCAAUCCUACCUUUGUGCUGCAAUAACAGUGAAGACUUUAUCUGGGUGUGCAACAGGGAACUGAUUACUAAUCUUAAGCAUCUUGCAACAGGCUUAUUUUUGUUAGUCCUCAGCGGUUGAAACUGUAAUACAAUAAGUUAUGUACCUUGUACAGUACUCAACCCAAGACAACCGCACUUUUUAAAAAUCAUGCAGGCUCUGCAUGUAUCUCGUGUGGUUCAUGUUCAGAAUCAAAUCUACACCAAUACAGCUUUCCCCAAGAAUGUACCAACUGUAAAAGUGAAACUGAGAUCUAAUAACUGCACUUUUUCUUUUCCUCAACACAGGUUAAAUCUGCAUGUUGUCUUUAUCUAGUGUAAAAGCUCUUAAAACCAACCACUUGGUUUGUAUCUGUAUAUCUUUACUAUAACUUCACUUGUGUUGGUACUUGACUCACAUAGCCGUCAGCUCUAAGUCCAGUGCUGUCUGUCGUCUGGACCUUUUUGUGUUUCCUUUUCUUCACAUUUUCUCUAAGCCUUACUCCUGAUAUUCAGUCAGGUUUUCUCUUUAAGAUAUUCUCCCUGUAUGGAAGAAAGGAGAGCCUUUAUUUCCUGCUGUUCAGGUUGAUGUACUGUAUAAGGGGUAUGUUGUAUAUUGUAUGAUACACACCUUUUGAUCUCAUAUGUAAAUUUGCAUUAAUUGCUGACUAACAGCAAAUAUUCUAUUUAAUUGCUUAUAUUAUGGCUGUGGGAUCAUAGAUGUUAAACUGCAUGGAUGUAUCUCUGCAGAAUGAACUAGCAGCUGUGUGAUUUUUACACAAAAUAAAAACAGCACAAUAUUUUAACUGUC